CAGACCAAGUCAUGGAGCUCAGCGUCCUUCUCCUUGCUCUCCUCACGGGACUCUUGCUUCUGCUGGCCAGGCGCCACCCGAAGGCCUAUGGCUGCCUGCCUCCAGGCCCCCAUCCUCUGCCUUUCUUGGGGAACCUUCUUCAGAUGGACAGAAGUGGCUUACUCAAAUCCUUCCUCAGGUUCCAAGAGAAAUAUGGGGAUGUCUUCACGGUGUACCUGGGGCCAAGGCCUGUGGUCAUGCUAUGUGGGAUAAAGGCCAUACGGGAGGCCCUGGUGGACCAGGCUGAGACCUUCUCCGGCCGGGGGAAAAUUGCUAUACUAGAGGCAGUCUUCCAGGGAUAUGGUGUGGUCUUUGCCAAUGCGGAACGCUGGAAGACCCUUCGCCGAUUCUCUCUGGCCACCAUGAGGGACUUGGGAUGGGGAAGUGGAGUAUGGAGGAGCGGAUUCAGGAGGAGGCUCAGUGUCUGGUGGAGGAGCUACGGAAAACCCAGGGACCCCACCUUAUUCUUCCACUCCAUGACCACUAACAUCAUCUGUUCCAUUGUCUUUGGAAAACGCUUUGGCUACAGAGACCCUGAAUUCCUGCGGUUGCUGGACCUGUUCUACCAGUCCUUCACGCUCAUCAGUUCCUUCUCCAGCCAGGUCAGGGAGAGGGUGCAGGAGGGUGGGCAUGAGGUGGGCAUCUAG